CGGGGCUUCCUGUCCCAGAUCGCAGGGGUGAGAUGCUAAAGAUCCGAGCAGCAGCAUUAAUAGCAGCAUAGCUGGACUCUAUCUGUGGCUUCACUGACACACACAGCAGUUAGACUUACUUAUCAAAUCCUUAGAUCAAAGAGAUCCCAGGAAAAGAUUGGGACUGAGCACAGGAUGGUGAUGGAGAAGCCCAGUCCCCUGCUGGUAGGACGGGAGUUUGUGAGACAGUAUUACACGCUUCUCAAUAAAGCACCAGACUUUCUGCACAGAUUUUAUGGACGGAACUCCUCCUAUGUGCACGGUGGACUGGAUGCCGAUGGAAAGCUUUCAGAGGCAGUCUACGGGCAGACUGAGAUCCAUCAGAAGGUGCUGGCCCUGCAGUUCAGCGAGUGCCACACAAAGAUCCGGCACGUGGAUGCACACGCCUCGCUGAGCGAUGCUGUGGUGGUGCAAGUCAUGGGAGAACUGUCCAACAGCGGCCAGCCCAUGAGGAGGUUCCUGCAGACGUUUGUUCUGGCUCCAGAGGGUUCUGUGGCAAAUAAGUUUUACGUUCACAAUGAUAUCUUCCGAUAUGAGGACGAGGUCUUCGGCGACUCCGAGGCGGAGCUGGAUGAAGAGUCUGAAGAAGAAACCGAUGAGCCAGAAGACCGGCAACCGUCGCCCGAACCGCUCCUGGACGGCUAUGAAGCCCAUGCUGUCAGCUGUAACAACGGUGUGGAAGAAGCUCACGAGGAAGCGGCUCUGGAGCUAGAGCCCGAGCCCAAGAUCGAGGAGCCCAAGCUCAAGGCAGAGGAGAAGAUGGUAGAGGAGUUUGAGGAGAAAGCACCAUCUCCUGAUCCUGUGGAAUCACCACCUAACAUACAGGAGCCACCCAAAACUUCGUCUUGGGCUUCAGUGACCAGCAAAAACCUGCCUCUCGCUGGGACUGUUCCGUCCUCUGGAGCUCAACCACAUGUUAUUAAAGCACCAAACUCACAGCCCAGAGUUGAGGCCAAGGCAGAGCUGCCAUCAGCGUCGAUCCGUCCACGUGACCAGCGCAUCCGAGACAGACCCUCCGUGACCUCCAGAGGGCCGAGAUCUGAUGGCGUCUCAUCUUCUGACUCUCAGACGGGAAAGCCACUUUUCAGCUUCGUAAAUAAAGGAAGGGCUGAUGAUUCGGGUGAAGUGGACAGCAGAAGGGUGCUCCGGCAUCCAGACAGUCAUCAGCUGUUUGUUGGCAACCUCCCUCAUGACAUCCACGAGAGCGAGCUCAAAGACUUCUUCAUGACCUUUGGAAAUGUGGUCGAGCUGCGAAUCAACACCAAAGGCACUGGAGGAAAGAUUCCCAACUUUGGCUUCGUUGUCUUCGACGAUUCUGAGCCGGUGCAGAGAAUUUUAGGCGUUAAAGUAAGGAAAGCUCAUUUUAUUUUGGUUGUCGGGGCAUUCACUCGCUGUGUUUAUCGUCAGAUUCAGAAACUGUGUGACCGCGUGGCUUCAUCAACCCUGCUGGAGGACCGGAGAGAUGCAGUCCGUGCCAUCAAGUCUCUGUCCAAGAAAUACCGUGUGGAGGUCGGCACAAUGGCUAUGGACCAUUUGCUUCGAAUACUCCAGAGUGACCGGACAGACACUGAAAUCCUAGGUUACGCUUUGGACACUUUGUACAAUAUAGUCUGCAGUGACGAAGAGGAGGAGCCAGAAGAUUCUGAAGAGGAGAACCAGCAGAAGCAGGAGGAUGAUUUGGGAGCUCGGUUCACUGAGGAGUUCAUCGGGGAACCAGAUAAUAUCACUCUUCUCCUCACGCUGUUGGAGGAGUUUGACUUCCACGUGCGCUGGCGGGGUGUGAAGCUCCUGACUGUUCUUCUGAAGAGCCAGUGUGCUCCGGUCCAGAGCAUCGUCCUGGUCAGCCCCAUGGGUGAGUCCAGAAACAUACAUUUCUCUUGUAGUUGGAUAGAAGCAGCUCCGUGUCGCGUGCGGAUGAGUAGCUGUGCUUUGUCUCUGCAGCUGGUGCGAGUGAUGGUUUCUCCGGUGAACUCUCCGGGGGCCACAGCCAGCUGCCAGAGGGCCAUGUUCCAGUGUGGUCUCCUCCAGCAGCUCUGCACCAUCCUCAUGGCCACAGGUGUUCCUGCAGACAUCCUCACAGAGACCAUCAAUACAGUGUCCGAAGUCAUCCGUGGCGCUGAAGUGAAUCAGGACUACUUUGCAUCUGUUAACGCACCAUCCAAUCCACCAAGGCCCGCGAUUGUAGUUCUUCUCAUGUCGAUGGUGAACGAGAGACAGCCGUUCGUUCUGCGCUGUGCUGUACUGUACUGCUUCCAGUGCUUCUUGUACAAGAACCAUAAAGGACAGGGCGAGAUCGUAGCCACCCUGCUGCCCUCCACUAUAGAUGCUAGCUCUAUCUCGGCGGGGCAGCUGUUGUGUGGAGGUCUGUUCUCAGCGGAUUCUCUGUCAAACUGGUGUGCCGCUGUGGCUCUGGCUCACGCGCUGCAGGAUAACCUCACACAGAAAGAACAGCUGCUGCGUGUACAACUAGCCACCAGUCUGGGCAAGCCUCCCGUCUCCCUCCUCCAGCAGAGCACCAACAUCCUAUCCCAGGGCAGUCGUGUGCAGACGAAGGUCGGUCUCCUCAUGUUGCUCUGCACCUGGAUCAGUAACUGUCCAAUCGCUGUCAUGCACUUCCUGCACAAUCAAGACAACGUUCCCUUUCUGACGGGUCAAAUCUCUGAAAACCUGGGCGAGGAUGAGCGCCUGGUUCAGGGUCUGUGCGCUCUGCUGCUGGGUAUUUGUAUCUACUAUAAUGACAACAGCUUGGAGAAUUACACAAAAGAAAAGCUGAAGCAGCUGAUCGAGAAGCGCAUAGGAAAGGAAAACUUUGUGGAGAAGCUGGGCUUUAUAAGCAAACACGAGCUGUACUCCCGUGCUGCUCAGAAACCUCAGCCGGCCUUCUCCGCUCCAGAACACAUGCUGUUCGAUCACGAGUUCACCAAACUCAUCAAAGAGCUGGAAGGGAUGAUAACAAAAGCUGUGCUUAAGUCGAGCGAGGAAGAGAAAAAGGAAGAAGAGGUGAAGAAAACACUAGAACAGCAUGACAGCAUUGUAACGCAGUACAAAGAGCUGAUUAGAGAACAGGAUUGUCAGAUAAAUGAGCUGAAGGAGCAAGUAGCAUCGCUGACUUCCCAGAGCGAGACGCUGCAGAGCACCGUAACGCAGCAGUUCUCUCAGAUGCAGCAGCACAAAGACCAGUACAACAUCCUCAAACUCAAGCUGGGUAAAGACGGUCAUGUGAACAGCCUGCAGACGGAGGAGCAGAGCCGACUCCGAGAGAAGCUGGAGGAGCUGCAGAGACAAAACCAGGGUUUUUGGUAUAUUUGGAAAUGUGUGUUUGGUGUCCAGCAGAAGGCUGAGGCCACACCGUCGGCAGAGGGCUCGACUUCAGACGCCACAGCAUUACAAAAGGAGGUGGAGCUGCUGAGAGCUCAGCUGCAGAGCCAGAGCGCAGAGAUCGCACAACUACAGCGAGAGAAACACCAGCUUCUCAGAGGAGCCGACGCCACCGCUGCGGCUGCAGGAGACGAUGCCAUCCGCUCAGAGUUAGAGAGCAGACUCUCGGCUCAGACGCUCAAGGAGCAAGUUCAAGCUCUUCUGGAGAGCAAGGAGCUGAUGGAGAGGGAGCUUUCUUCAGCCACGAGCUCCACUGCUGUCAUGCAGACGGAGAAGAGCAAGCUUCAGCAGGAGCUGCAGGAGUCCAAGAAGGAGCAGGACGAUCUCCUCAUGCUGCUCGCUGACCAGGACCAGAAGAUUCUGAGCCUCAAGCACAGACUCGAGGACUUGGGAGAGACGAUUGAAGAUGAGGAUGAUCUGGAUGCAAGGGACCAGUUUGACGACGACGAUGAUGAUGAAGAAGAAGAGUGUGAUGAAUAAAAACAAAUUGACUUCAUAGUGGAAGACAGCUAAUACUAACCUGCCACUUACACGCUUCGAGAAAGAGACCGAAGGCCUCGGACCAUAGAGCUGAUCUUCUGAUUUUCAGAAGAAUCACAUAUUUGUUUAUUUUCUUCGUGCCUGCUUUUUAAUUUUUAGUAUUUCUUUUGCAGUGGGAAAACCGUUGAACCCAUUGCAUUUCAAAGAAGCUUUGUGUUUGAUCCACUUUCCCGCUGCUUGCGUCCUGGAGGCACACCAUCGAAGAUUCUUGAGGGAAAUAAAGAGAGGAUUUGCGUAGUGCGAACCCACAGAGAGCUCUUCGUCUGCUCUGCUGUUUAACAUCUCACUCAAACGUCCUGUUUUGCAUCAGAUCGCUGUUGUCUCUUUUUCUUCCAGCAUGCAACAGUUUUCAGAAUUGUUCAGCCAUACUCAUAUUUACAAAGGAUCAGACACACUCCAGCUGCUUUGCAUCGCAUCGUGUGUUGUUCUUCAGUAAAACACUGCUGAAGUCCCUCUGAAGGAUGGGAUCAGACACUUUCAAGUUCCUCUCAAACUGGAGAGCUAUUGUGCAUUUGAUUUAGCUUUUGGUUAAUUUAUGGAUAAACGAGCCUCCUUCGAAUAAACUGUGUAAAUGCA